AUGGGUAAAAUCGGGUCAAAAUCGGGUAAAAUCGUUAAAAUCGGCCGUCCACGAUUCCAGUUCAUCAUUAACAACAGCCCUCGCCCCUCAUCGACGACGUCCUUUUCACCAGCCACCGUAAGAACCAGAGUCCACCCAACAACAACGGCGUCUCUCCAGUCUCCACCAGGCUCCAAGUUUGACUGCAAUAUUGAUCUCCUCAGUGCUCACUGCUCAGAACAGAGGAAAAAUUCUUCUGGUAAUAGGCUUGAUGUGGGAUGGCAACAUGGUAUAGAUAUUGAUAAGAAUUCUAGAAAAGUUCAGUGCAAGUAUUGUCAAAAAAUUAUCAGUGGAGGUAUUUUUCGUUUUAAACAGCAUUUGGCUUGCACCCGUAAGGAUGUUGAACCAUGUCAACAAGUACCAGGAAAUGUUAAGCAGAUGAUUUUAGAUGUUUUGGUGAAAAAUCUAGAAGCAACUGAAAAGAAAAGAAAGGCCCGUCAAUAUAGUGUAAAUGAUGAUGAUGAUGAAAUAAAAGAAAUUAGCUCCAGGGACAAAGGAAAGAGAGUAGCUAGUGGGAGUGGAAGGACAAUUUUUUUAUCAUCGGUUGAUACUUCUAAUAUGUCCAAAACUGCUGAUAAGGUAUUUGAGAUGUUAGAUGCCAUUGUGGAGAGGAUUGGGGAGGAAAAUGUUGUCCAAGUAGUCACCGAUAAUGCUGCAAAUUAUAAGGCAGCGGGACAAUUAUUGAUGGAAAAAAGAAAGAGUUUGUUUUGGACACCAUGUGCUGCCCAUUGUAUUGACUUGAUAUUAGAGGAUUUUGAGAAGAAGUUAGAGAUUCAUCAAUUGAUGACUAUGUUUACUUCCAAUCAGUGGAGUUCAUGUAGGUUUGCAAGAAUAGAAGAAGGGAAACGAAUUCAAAAUUGUGUUUUGGACAGCAGGUUUUGGCAUGAUGUUACUAUAUGUAUUAAGGCAGCGUAUCCUCUAAUUAAAGUUCUUCGAUUAGUUGAUUCUGAUGAGAAACCAGCUAUGGGUUUUAUAUAUAAAGCAAUGGAUGAAGCAAAAGAGAAGAUACAAGUGAAUUUUGGUUCCGUGAAAAAAAGGAUGGUGCCGAAUGCAAGUGAAAGGUGCAAAAUUGACUUGCAACUUGAAUCAUUCAAGGAUGCAAAAGGGUUGUUUGGCAUUGAGGCUGCCAAGACAGCAAGAGAUAAAAAAACUCCAGCUCAAUGGUGGGAUUCUUAUGGAGAUGAAUGUCCAGAAUUACAAAGGUUUGCAAUCCGAGUUCUAAGCUUGACUUGUACUUCAUCUGGAUGUGAGCGUAAUUGGAGUGCAUUUGAAAUGGUUCAUACAAAACGAAGAAAUCGUUUGCACCAGAGAAAAAUGAAUGACUUGGUAUUUGUAAUGUGCAAUCUGAAAUUGAAUAAUAAUCAAGUCAAAAAGCAAGCAGAUGAUUUUGGUGUAGAAGAUGAUCUUUCAUCUGAUGAUGAUUGGAUAACCGAGGGAGAAAAACAUUCAAACAUUGAUUUGCUUGGUGCUAUUGACAAUGCAACACGAAGAAAAAAUGGUAAUGAAGAUGAAAGUGAUGAAGAAGAAAUUCCUAAUGAUGCUGAAAUAGAGAUUCAUGGUACCGAAGAUGAUUUGGAGAUUCAAAUUGAUGAUAUUGGUGAAUAA